UGGCGGGCGGCCGUCCCCGGGGCCGGUGGACGUUCUUCGGGGCCGCUGUGUUUCCUUCGAGGGAGGCUGAGAACCGAGGCAGCGUCGGCAUUCCAGCCCCGGGAACUAAGAUCCCGUCUUCCUGCGACCGUCAUCUCCAAUGCAGUGGAAGGAACAACUCAGAAAAACCGAAGAACUAGAAUUUUAGGGGAGUUGAAGAGUUAGAGGAGGAGAGACUCGUUGUUGUAACUUCCCUGUAUCGUGAGACUGAGAAACCAACCUUCGCCCUUGACCACGCAGGUUUCUCAUCGCCGUGAGUUCUCCCAGGAGCAAACAUGAAUGUUGGAGUUGCCCACAGUGAGGUGAAUCCAAAUACCCGUGUAAUGAACAGCCGGGGUAUGUGGCUAACAUAUGCCUUAGGAGUUGGCUUGCUUCAUAUUGUCCUACUCAGUAUUCCCUUCUUCAGUGUUCCUGUUGCUUGGACCUUAACAAAUGUUAUACAUAAUCUGGGGAUGUAUGUAUUUUUGCAUGCAGUAAAAGGAACACCUUUUGAAACUCCUGACCAGGGUAAAGCAAGGCUCCUAACUCAUUGGGAACAACUGGACUAUGGAGUACAGUUUACAUCUUCACGGAAGUUUUUCACAAUUUCUCCAAUAAUUCUAUAUUUUCUGGCAAGUUUCUAUACGAAGUAUGAUCCAACUCACUUCAUCCUAAACACAGCUUCUCUCCUGACUGUGCUAAUUCCUAAAAUGCCACAGCUUCAUGGUGUUCGGAUCUUUGGAAUUAAUAAGUAUUGAAAUGUUUUGGAAUGGAACAAAAAUGUUUACAGCUACUGAGUUUUCUAUAAGGAAGGAGUGGUUAGGAAACUGCACUGUUUCCAUGAUAAUGUGAAAUGAGAAGUAUUUACAUUGGAGGGCCAGUUGCUGGUUCUUCAUAUGCUGUUUUGAAGGGCAGAUAUUUACUAUAAGAUGCCUCUGUCUAAUGCAUGUGGUGUCUUUCUAAAGAGAGGCUUUACAGGCAGGCUGGGCAGGCCCAGCUUAUAAGUUAAAUGGCUGUAAAGUGAGGGUAUAGUAGAUAAAUCCAAGGAAAGAAGAGAUUUAUAGGAUACUAAGAACACCUUAGCUUAUAAUGAGUGGGCAUUAUGUUAGGAGAAGAAAAUUUCCAAUCAUUCAGUCAGUUUAAGCAGACAUACAUGUAAACCAGAAUCAUCUCUUUACAAGUUUAUUACAGAUCAUUUUUAUUACAAGUUUAUUACAGAUCAUUUUAUAUUCCUCUUGUGUUACAUAAGAGGAUAUUUCCCUCUUGUUUUAUACAAGCCAAUCCCUACUUUAUGAUUGUAAUUUUUUGGUUUUGCUGGCUCGACACUGUAUUGAAGGAUGAGGUCAUUUUUACAUUUAUUAAGUUACUGUGAAGGUCCACCUUCAUGACUGGUGAUAGAAGACAGCCAGGCACCUUAUAAAGAGCCUGAGUCAGACUUCUCAUUUUGGAGCAGAGUGGGUUUUGUUGCCUUUCCAGACACAGGGCUGCUAAUCCAGUGAAGAAAAUAAUUUAUUUCACACAGUUAAAAUAUAUGAUAAGUUAAAGCUCUCUGCUUAUUUAGUUGAUCAAUCUGAUUGUGAAAGACUGCUGUUGUUUAGAAAAGGAAACAAAAUGGACAGCUAUUUAGCCGACCUGUGGUCUGGCAGAAACUGCUUCUCUAGCAGUAGUACCAAAGUAAAUAAUGGAGUCGUCUUUAGCGGGAUUGCAGUAAAAAAAAAAAAAUUUCUUUUCUUACAUUCCCUGCUCUCAACCCCCAUACUUUUCCCAUUAAUGUUUUGCCUUUCAAUACAUGAAUUUUAGUGCAGAUUAACCCAGAGUGGUAACUGUUUCCAAAGCAGCAACCACAUUGAAUUCUUGUGGCUUAGAGACACUUCCGAUAGCUGGCAUUAAUUACAAGAAAUAACUUAUACUGCUUUGAGAAGGACAUAUGUCAAAAACAAAGUUCUGAUACGGGAUAAAACUGAAAAGUCCGGUAAUAUUUGUAAACAAAACUGAGUGAAAAGAGUUAUAGACCAACUGAAAAAUCAGUUUGUUUCAAUAAACUGACUUUUGGGGGCUAAUGAUCAUUAUUUUGUAUUACAGAAGUACCGAGUUUAGAAAUCAGUUGUGUAAUAAUGCUUUUGUAUGUUUGUCUUUUCCCAUGUAUUUUUAAACCAGUAAUCUAUACUUGAAUAAAACUUUUCUUUCAUGUAAGAUUAUUGCAGAUAAUCUCCAAAUUCAGUCAGCAAUGUCACAUUUAUUUUUCAAGGUUUUUUUAAGCAACUAAAUUCUUAAAAUGAAGGUAGUUAAAAAUGUUCCUUUGCUUUUCUUCAUUUUAAAGGCUUACAUUUUUGCACAGACUUCAGAGAUAGAAAUCUACUUCUGUUAAUGCAGGCCUUCUGCUUUUUUCCCCACUUAUCACCCACCUUCAAAGUUUUAAAAAUAUUUAUUCAAUAGAUAUUUAAGGGCCCAGUCUUGUGUAGGUAUUGUUUUAGGUGUUGUGACUAUGGUUUGCGAGCGAGACAGACAAAAUCUUUUCCCUUACAAACUUACGUUCAAAUUGGAGAACAGAUAAUAAAUGAGUCAAAACAUACUAUUUCAUGUAGUGAUAACUGACAUGGAAAAAUAUUAAGCAGGUGAAAAUCAGGAGAGCCUACCUCAGAAAGCCUUCACUAAUGUUCCUAAGGUGAUUUUUGGAUGAGAAAGGCGUGAUAAGCAAGAAGACAAGAGUGGUAAGAAAUGAGGUCAGAGAAAUAGAAAGAGUCAGAUGAUAAGAGGGCUCUAUUGGCCAAAGUAAUAAGCAAAUUUUCUUCUAAGCUUGAUGAAGCCAUUGGAUAGUUUUACAUAGAUUAAAGGGAUCUGAUUUUUUUUUUUUUAAGGGUUACUGGCUAAUGUUGAGAAUAAAGUGUAAAGCAAUAGGAAGCAGGAGGAAUAGUUGGAAAACUACUACAGACAAGAGCUAGCUCCGACUAGGAAAAUGGCUGAUGAAGUGGUGAGAAGUGAUCAAAUUUGGGAUAUGCUUUUUGGUCUUAACACCAGGAUGAAUGGUUGUGUUAAAUAUGGUAGCUUACCAAUUUCAUAAGUUUGUAUCGUUUUAUGUUAAAAAAAAAAAACUUUUUUUUUUUAAAACAAAAUCUGUAAUGACUGUGACUAUUAUUUGGAACAAAACUAAUUAUUGUGCUGUAAUUGUUCCUAAUUUCAAGUCAGGAAACAAUGGCAGUUUCUAAAUAUACAUGAGUUCAGAACUACCACUAA